GCCCGGCGCCUGCGGGGAAAAAUCAGUUUCCAUCUGUAGGAAAGAGGCCCCAUAGUGAUCUGGGGGGUUGCUGCUCUCUCCUUGCAGCGCUGAGCAGCCAUGGAGAGGAUGCAGCAGGUCGUGGGGCAGGCGAGAGCUGCCUUCAACUCGGGCCGGUGCCGCUCGUUGGAGUUCAGGAUGCAGCAGCUGAAGGCCCUGGAGCGGAUGGUGCAGGAGAAGGAGAAGGAGAUCCUGGCAGCCAUCAAGGCAGAUCUGCACAAGUGUGGGCCCAACGCGUACAGCCACGAGAUCCUGGGCGUGCUGGGGGAGCUGGCCCUGGCCAUGGACAAGCUGCCGUCCUGGGCAGCCCCUCAGCCCGUGAAGAAGAACCUGCUGACGAUGCGGGACGAGGCGUACAUCUGCCCCGAGCCGCUGGGGGUGGUGCUGAUCAUCGGGGCCUGGAACUACCCCUUUGUCCUGGUGAUGCAGCCUCUGGUCGGGGCCAUCGCGGCAGGCAACGCCGUGGUGGUGAAGCCAUCGGAGAUCAGCGCGAACAUGGCUCAGCUAGUGGCUGAUCUCCUCCCCCAGUACCUUGACCGCAUGAGUGAGCUGUACCCCGUGGUCACUGGAGGAGUGCCGGAGACAACGGCGCUGCUGACCCAGCGGUUCGAUCACAUCCUCUACACCGGCAACUCCACAGUCGGCAAAAUCGUGAUGGCGGUGGCCGCCAAGCACCUGACGCCCGUCACCCUGGAGCUGGGCGGGAAGAGCCCCUGCUACAUCGACAAGGACUGUGACCUGGCCGUCGCCUGCAGGCGGAUAACGUGGGGGAAGUACAUGAACUGUGGGCAAACCUGCAUCGCCCCCGAUUACAUCCUCUGCGACCCGUCCAUCCAGAGCGAGGUGGUGGAGAACAUCAAGGCGACUCUGCAGGAGUUCUACGGGGAAGACGUGAAGUCGUCUCCCGAUUAUGAAAGGAUCGUCAACAAACAUCACUUCAAGAGGAUCCUGGGCCUGUUGGAAGGGCAGAAGAUCGCUCAUGGAGGAGAGGCUGACGAGGCCUCCUGCUUCAUAGCCCCCACUAUCCUCACCGACGUUUCUCCGGAGUCAAAGGUGAUGGAGGAGGAAAUCUUUGGACCGGUCCUCCCCAUUCUGACCGUGAAGAGCGUAGACGAAGCCAUUGAGUUCAUCAACCGUCGGGAGAAGCCCCUUGCCCUCUAUGUCUUCUCCAACAACAAGAAGGUGAUCAGAUGGGUGAUAUCGGAGCCCUCCAGUGGCGGUGUGACAGCGAGCGAUGUCAUCAUGCACUCUGUGGUUCCGGGUCCGCCCUUCGGCGGCGUGGGUAACAGCGGGAUGGGCGCCUACCACGGCAAGCACAGCUUUGAGACCUUCUCCCACCGCCGCGCCUGCUUGAUCAAGGACCUGAAGAUGGAGGGCACGAACAAACUCCGGUACCCACCUGGCAGCCAGAAGAAGGUGGAUUGGGCCAAGUUCUUCCUCUUGAAGCGGUUUAACAAGACUCAAAUGGGACUGGUCGUCUUGGCCCUGCUGGGGAGCGUGGCAGCGGUGGUGGCAAAGGUUGUGCCUUCAGCAGGGAAAUCACAUUCAGCCAUCCAAGGUGUAAAAAGGCUACUUGUGGUGACAGCAAAGGCCUUCUGAGCUGUGGCCACACUGCCCCAAGGACUCGAGGAGCACUGGGGACUGUCGCACCACUGCAGCUGGGGCUGUGUGCCAACAGGGGCAUGGCUGUGAUCGGAGCCCCAGG